AUGGACAAAAGCUUUAAAUUAAUAUCUAUUUUGGGGGAUAAUAUAGAUAAAAAAAGAAAUAUUCAUAUAAUAACUAAAAAUAAAAUAGGAUGUAUUAUCGAAGAUAUUAUAUAUAUUCUAAAUUUAGAAGAAAACGUAAUAAACUUAUAUAAGAAGCACAUUGGUGAUUUUAAUAAUUAUAUUGGUUGUUAUGUGUCUUUAUGGGAUAUUGAAGAAUAUAAAGAAAAAUAUAAUAUAAAAGUAAAAAAUAUAAAAAGUUACGAUUUUUUUAAUUAUUCUUUUAAUAAUAAAAAAGAAACUUAUAAAAAUAAUAUUUCAUAUGAACAGUGUAUGAUAUCAGACAUUAAUUUCAUAGAUACUCUUGAAUGUGUUGUGAUACUAACUAAUGACAAAUAUAAAACUAUAAGUUUUUGGUCUUUAUCAAAUACACAAAAACCUUUCUUAUGUAUUUAUACUCAUAUGAAUGAUAUAGAGAAUCUAUUUUUAUUCUUUAAUAAUGAUGCUUAUAAAGAUAAUAUAAGCAAUAAUAAAAAUAUAUAUGACUAUUUAGAAUAUUUAACAAUUUUAACAUAUAGCUCAACAAGUAUAUACAUAUGGGAUUUUUCCUUUUGCAUAGAAUUGAAAAUAAAUUGUUUUAAACCUAUUUAUAAUAAUUUAAUACCUUUAGAUCAAAUUUCAACAAUUUAUAAAAUUAAUUCAAAUAAGUAUUAUAUAGGAACCACUAAAGGAAAUAUUUAUCUAUUUUAUAAACAUAUUGCCAUAAAAUAUUAUGAAAUAUCUAAAAGAUGCAUUAAACUUAUAUUUUUAUUGGACAAUGUAUUGAUAUGUGUUUUAGAAAAUGGAAUGAUUUAUCAUAUUAAGGAGUUGGAUAACAAUGCCAAAUGUAGCAAAUUAGAUAUAAAUAUAUUAAUUAAUAAUUAUUACAAAAAAAAAUUUCAAAUAGAUGAAAAUAUUAUACCAUUCAAAUGGAUCAAUUACGCAGAAUAUUUUUUGAACUAUUUGUUAAUAGUUACCAAUACUCAUGUUAUUCUAAUUAAUUUAUAUAACAAUAAAUUUAUAAUUCUAAAAGAAAUAUUUGAAAAUGAUAUAUAUAUAUCAACUUUUAUACGAAACAAAAAUGAGCACAUUAUUGCGAUGGUUAAUUUCUUUGAAGAAGAAAAAAGUUUAAUAAGAAUGUUAAACCUUGAUAAUACACUAUAUAGUAAAGUUAAUUGUAUCAUCUCCACUUAUAAUAACAAAGAAAAACAAAAAAAAAAAAGUGAUAUAGAAAAAAUAAAUAAAAAAGAGAAAGAAGGAAAUGAUAAUAGAAUAAACAGUUUUAGUGAAGAUAAAUAUCAAAUACAGUUAAGAAGAGAAAAAAAAAGAAUUAUACGAAAAGAAAAUAAUAAUAUAAAUAACAUUUUUGUAUUUUCAAUAAAUAAUAAGAUAGUAUUUUAUGAAGAACUGAAUUCAACUCUCUCUCCAUUUUACUCAAUAUCUUAUUCUUAUAAUAAAUAUGUUACCUGCUUUGAAUUUAGUAAGGAUAAUAAAUAUUUGUUAUGCGGAUUUAAUGAAGGAUCGAUUCAUAUUUAUGUAAUUUUCAAUAAUAAAUGCCAUAAUUUUUACAGUGAUCAUAGUAUAAAUAAACUUAAAUUUAAAGAUAUGAAUAAUAAUUACUGUAUAGCACUUUAUAAAAUAUUUCGAAAUAAUCUUGAAGCCAUUGAUAUGAUCAAGCUAUAUGAUGUUAAUAAUAUGAAGUUGAUUGUUAGCUCAAAUAAAAAAAUAUAUUUAUAUGAUUUAUUUGAAAAUAGUAUUAAAAAUAUUUUCAAUUUGCCAUUAAAUUUGAAUUUGUCUUUUUUUGAAUUAUUUGACGAUUACAUUAAUGAUGAUAUAAAGCUUGCCAAUUUUUUCUUUAAAAAACAAAUUGAAGAAUAUAUUAAAUUAAAUAAAGAAGAUAUUCUUGAAUCAAAAGUGGACAAUUAUUUAAAAGACGUUUUAAAUGGCAUAAACUUCCUUUAUAAAAUUAUUUAUUUAGGGAAAAAAAAAAAAGAUGAUGAGCUUAGAGAUAAUAGUGAUAUUUCUGUUAAUAUAGGAAAUAAGAAUAAAAUAAAUUAUAAAAAAGAAGAAAUAUGUAUAAAGAAAAAAAUAAAUGAUAUAAAUCAAACAAACUUUAAGAAACACAUAAAUAAUGAAGAAUGUAAAAGUGAUAAAAAGGAAAUGAAUAAUAAAAUUUCAUAUCAUAAUUUAUAUAUAUUUAAUAAAGUUAUAUUUUUUUUGAAUAAUGAUUUUACAGAAAUAAGAAAAAUAAUAAAACAAAAAAAUAUAUUUAAUGAAAAUGAUACAAAUAAAAUAUCAAAACCUCACUUUUCUUUUAACCUAUUAAAUAAUAAAAAGGAAAGUGAUAGUAUAACUAAUGACUAUACUACUACUGACAAUAAUAUUAUUGAUUUUAUUUCAGAAAAUUUAAAAAAUUGUAAUUUAAUAAAUAGCCCAAUUUUUAAAAAAGAUAUAUUUUAUACAGAAUUACAUUUAGAUGGGAACUUAAUGAUAUGCUCAUUUAAAGAUGUGGUAUUUAUUUAUCUAAUAAAAGAAGAUACUGAAUUUUACCAAAAGAGAAAAUACAAUUAUUUGAAAUUUUUUGGAAGCAUUAUAGAAAUAAAGUCAUAUGAAAAUAGAAUAAGCAAAUUUAAUUAUGAGGAUUUUCCCAUUAUUGUUUGUGAAAAUGAUUUUUUAAAUGAUAAUGAGAAUUAUUUUUAUGUAAGCCACAAAAAAACAAAUAUCAAAAAAUAUAAUGAAAAUUCAAUUUGCAAAUGCCAAUUAAAUAAGAAUGAUGUUAGUAUAAAGGAAAUAAUAAAUACAAAUGAUGAAAAGAAAAAAAAAAAAACAAAAGAUAUGAAAAAUAAAGAAAAUGUUAACGAAAAAAAAUUUGAUUCAUUAAGAAAAGUUGAGAAAAAAUACCACAAUGUUAUAUUUAUGUAUAAUGAUUAUUUGUCCUUUGAAAAUUGUUUUAAUAAAUAUAUUUAUGAAAAUAAGUAUAGACAUAAAAAUUCUGCCCUAAAUAGUAAUCAAAUGAAAGAUAUUUUAUCUCCUCAUUAUACUUUUUGCUCAUAUUUAAAUCAAAAUUCAGCAUAUAUAUUAAGAGUACCUUACGCUCUAGAUUAUGAUGAAAAACAAAAAAAAACAACAAAAACAAAAUUAAAUGAAGUUUCUAGAAAUAUUUAUUUAGAAAAUGGUUCAAAUUUUGUAUACGAAAAAUCAAAUAGCAAAAAUACUUUUUUUUACAAGACAAUACAUUCUAAUUGCUAUUUUGAAGUUUUUAUAUAUGUAAAAGAAGGAAAUAUAGAUAGAGUCGAAAAAACAAAAACAAAUUCUUUAAAAUUUGUUUCUACUCAAAUGGAAGAGGAUAAUGUACUAGAAAUAAUUAUUCCUUCUACAAUAAGCAUUUAUUACGAACAAAUUUUAGUACAAAUGAACUCGUUGCAUAACAUGUGCUAUUUGUCUAUUCCUCUUUUAAAAAAGAAAGAAGAAUGA